GCCGGUUGCUGCGCAUGCGCAGUAGGCCGGGCCGGGCUGUCUGUGGUCAGUGUCCGAGCCCCGGGCGUCUCCUUGUUUUUGGGGGUCAGUGUCAGCGGCCGCCGGGAGGCUUCACUGCUCCAUGGACUCCCAGCGGGAUGCAUUGCAAAGAAUUAUCACAACAUUGGCAAACAAAGAUGAUGAAAUACAGAAUUUCAUUGAGACGUUGAACCAUACUUUAAAAAAUGUUCAGGUCAAUACCACCAAGGUGAUGAUUGACCUGGAACAAGAAUUUAGUUCUCUCCAGGCCACCUUAGAUGAGAUGAAGGCUAGUAUGGUGAAUAAGAUCAAGCAAGAACAAGCAUACAAAAGUCAAGAACUCCAGAACCAGUUGACCAUAUGCAACAAUGCUUUGGAAGGUUCGGAGGAACUGCUGGAAUAUGCAAAUCGGACACUGAGCACAAAUGACCCUGAGGCUUUCACUAAGGCUGCCAAGCAGAUCAAGGAUAGAGUAACAAUGGCUCCUGCAUUUCGACUAUCUUUAAAACCAAAGAUCAGCGACAACAUGACUCAUUUGAUGGUUGAUUUCUCCCAGGAAAAGCAGAUGCUUAAAUCACUGAAAUUUUUGCCAGUCCCACGAGCUCCUGAGAUAGACCCAGCCGAUUGUCUGGUUGCUGAUAAUUGUGCAACUGUAGUGUGGAAAAUGCCUGAGGAAGAUAAUAAGAUUGAUCACUACAUACUAGAGUACAGGAAAACCAACUAUGAAGGACCUCCUAGAGUUAAAGAAGAACGGAACUGGGACAUCGUUGAUAAUAUCAAGGACACUGAAUACACGUUAACAGGUCUAAAGUUUGAAUCCAAAUACAUGAACUUUCGGGUCAAAGCGUGCAACAAGGCUGUGGCAGGAGAUUAUUCUGAACCAAUAACCUUGGAAACAAGAGGUUUCAACUUCAGCUUUGAUAGCACAACUGCACACCAAAACUUAAAAGUUGAUGAUUUUAGUGUUGAAUGGGACUCGUCGGGUGGAAAAGGCCAGGAGAGUAAAAUAAAAGGAAAAGAAAACAAGGGCAGUGGCCAUGUUUCCUUGGUGAAGCGCAAUAUGAGAAGUGGUACACCAUCUCCAAAAAGAACAUCAGUGUCCUGCCGACCAGCAUCAGGAAGAAGUAACCGAGAUCGUUUUACUGGUGAAUCUUAUACGGUUUUAGGAGACUCAGUGAUUGAAAGUGGGCAGCAUUAUUGGGAAGUGAAGUCUCAAAAAGACUGUAAAUCUUACAGUAUAGGUGUGUCCUACAGAAAUCUAGGAAAAUUUGAUCAGCUGGGGAAGACUAUUACAUCAUGGUGCGUUCACAUUAACAACUGGCUGCAGACAUCCUUUGCUGCUAAACAUAACAAUAAAGCCAAAUUCAUGGACGCACAGGUUCCAGACAAAAUAGGUGUAUACUGCGACUAUGAUGGAGGUCAAAUUUCCUUUUAUAACGCUGAUACAAAGCAGUUAUUGCAUACUUUCAAGACAAAGUUUACUCAACCAGUAAUUCCAGCCUUCAUGGUCUGGUGCGGUGGCCUAAACUUGUACACGGGACUCCAAGUACCGAGUGCUAUAAAAUCCUUCCAGAAGGGAGAUGGUGGGUUGGGUGGCUCUGAAAACAGUUUAAUUGGUCUUGCUCAAUAAUUGUUUGUGUGAGACUAACCUACUUAGAGUGAUGUGAUUUUAAUUCCUUGCUGAUUGGAAAUCUGUGCCGUAUAGGAAUGGAUGCGUGGAUAUGAUGGACCAGUCCACUCUCUUUGGUUUUCCUUUCACACCCAGUUACGGCAAACAUUUUCAGCGUGUAAUGUACAAGCAAGGUUCUGUAUCGUAACUCAGGGUUGCAUUCGUUGACAGCCAUGACUUGUUGAUCUGUAUUCAUGAACUUCAAAAACAUACGUUUACGUGUGGUGCACAUGCACUACUUCAGGGUUUUAUUCAUCGUGCGCAUUCUGCAAACAUGCCAUUAUUCCUUUAAAUUGAAGGAACAUGUAAAAUUAACAAAGCGAUAAAGUUAAUCCUGUGGUUCACUCUACAGAACUGACUUUCUAGAGGUAAGGUAGAGGGUACAUCCCAUCUUCUAUGGGGUGGGAUAGUUCAGCUGGAAUGCCAAGGAAUUAAUGAAGCCUAUUGAAUUGGAAUGUUUGGUAUGUAGUUGAAGGCCAUGAUUGCACCAAUAUGAAGAUGACACCAAAAUAUGAUGUUUAAGCCUCCCUUUUAGUACGUACAUGAUGUUGUAAAGCUGCCUUAUUUAAUGUAAUUUGAUGAGGUAUAUAUGAAAGGAAUACAGAACUACAACAAAUAUGUCAUUAUUGAAGUAAUUGCUAGUGAGCACUUCCAUUAUUUAGGCUAGGAGAAUCUGUUAAACACUACUUAGUUUAGUAAAGGUGCAUUAUUGCAGUUAGCAUAGUGUAUGUGUCCAGCGCCACAGCAGUUAAAUUUCCAGGCACACUGGAUUCAGAAUUGGACUUUGCCACUGGAACAACUAAUGCAAUUCGUUAGUGUGCUUCACAAUCUAUCAUAACUUGCACUGAGAAUUGAUAACCCUUUAAAACUGGCUGACAGUAAAUUUGAAGUACAGAAUGUGCAUAUCACUUGUAUCAGAAUGUACUGAAGCUGUUGGUAAAGAUGGAAUGGCUCAUUUAACUUUUGUCAAACUAGAUAGGUUAACUGUAGCCCUUUCCACUCUGCACAUAGAAUGAACACUUUCCUAAUAUUAGUGCCUAUAAAGUCCUGGCUUACAUCAGUUUUCCUCCAUGCCAUGUCAGCAACAUAAGUAUCCUGUUUUUAAAAAAAGCCUCGAGUGACAUUAUCUUGGUCUAGUGAAUAAAUUUGGGAGCUAUUAAUCUUGCCUGUUUGUUGAAUGUAUAAUUUGAGGCCUAAUGUCAAAUAGCUUGCAUCAUAUCCCCUGACCUGACUUUACUCUAAAGUUUAAAGGCUGCUUUUCACUAGUAUGAUUAAAUUUAACCCUAAUUGUAAAUUCAAGCCAGUGAUCUAAUUUAUCAACCAGUAUUAUAAUAUUGUCAAUACAGUUUCAACUGGCAACUGGAUUUUCUAAUAGCAUAAAACCCACUUUUCAAACCAUUCCCAGACUACAUUUUACGAAGGACUCUGACAUUAGCUUCAAUUCAGUUUGCCAGAAAUCCUUCAAGUUUCUGAUGUCAGGAACUUGUGACCUAAACCUAUAUUCAAACUCAUGCUCCCAAUGCCCUAGUGAGCCAGAAAAACCAAAGGGUCUUGGUUCUCUUGCGGAAUUAGUAAGUUUGAAAACAUUGGAAAAAUGUCUAGGAGCAAAGUGUGAUUGUCAUAAACAGUUUGUCCCUUCACAUCUCUGCAAUCUUGGCUUGCAUUUUCAAUCAAAUAACCAGCUAAUCAAUACCUGAAAAUGAAUAUCAUUUCAAAUAAUACCCACUUUAGGACUACUGAGUAUUUCUUUCCAUUCCAGUUUCCUGCUUUCUAUUAAUGCCUAGAUAUUAUUAGUAUUUGAUUUGUUCACUAAUAAAUUGUAAUAGUUCUAUUUUCAAGAUUUGUUUUUACUAGAUUACCUAAAAUAACUUCAACUAGUGAGUCCCAUUCAAGUUAGUAAUGGGAGAGAGAUAUUAGAGAAAUCAUUCACUGGAGCUGUAGACAGGGUAAAGAAUACUAGAAGGUGAAUAGCUCAGCACUGAAACAUAUUCACUAGAGUUUGUGUUUGUACUUCAGGUUAAUACGAACAAAGUGCUUUCAGUCAACAUUUUGACUUCAGAUUUGCUUUCUGUCUAUGAGCCAUAGGAUAUCAAACCGAUGGUUUCAAAACUGUCAAAAUAAACCUGCAACAACCUUGAACCACAGUACAGAAAGUGUUUAUGGAUGCUCAAAAGGAGAAUGUUCCAUAAAUGUCUUGCACUCUAUUCAUCAUCCUUAAUUAUUUUACACUUGUACAGUACAAAAUAUUAAUUAAAAGUAAUCCUGCAGGGUGGCUUAAAGGAGUUUGCAGGUGCAGAAUUUUGACUAUUUUUGGUUAGCAAGUGCUUUAUUUUUUGUGUGUAAGCUAUCAAAAACUGAAAUAUACUGCAGCCUACUUAUUUGUACAUUAACUACAGUUUUCAUUGUUUUGUUUAAUAAUUUUAUUGUGCAUGGAAGUACAUCACUUGUAUAGCCAUAUGCUAAUGCUCUCCAGUAUAUUACCAUCUAGGACCCGAGCAAUAGUCAUUGUUCUAGCAACAAAACAUGAUUUUAUUUCUUGGGUAAAAUAAAUAGUACUUAUCAUAAUCAGCAUGCAAUUCAUAAUCAUCUUUGCACCUCAAAUAUUAAGUGAAUUCUGAUCCUACUCCAGUAAGGUUGAAUAAAUGAAAUGCCUGUAAUUUAAUUUCUGCAUUUAGCUUUACAAAAAGGAGACUCAACAGCAGAGAUCUGACUUUGGAAUUUCUGCAUUGAAAGAUGCUGACCAAGAAACUACUCAUCUCAGCUAUAUGCUUACCUGUUGUAAUUGCAAUAUAACUUAUGUAAGAUAUUUAGAGGGAGAAGUAUAUGUUGUCUUAAAACUAAAUGUCAAGUUUGCUGCAACAAAACCACUGUUUUGAACUGUGUGCUGCUGCAUUUUUGAGAAAAGGAGCAAUUAACUCUGAAUAAUUUCUCGUUAAAUGGAAGGGGCUUGUCUUGUGUCUGUUCUCUCUCUGCAGUAUAUCCUUGUUUGGAGGUACCUCUUCAUGGCUAAACUGAACUCUUUAACACAAUGCAAGGAAGCCAUAACCAUGCAGACUGCUACAUAGCAAUUACAGAGCAUAAACAAGCAACACUGAUUUGUCCAACUGAGAAUGCACAGCAAGAAUAAGCAAACCCCAUUUUCUCUGUCCCCCUCAGCUUCCCUCCCCCCCCAUAGCCAACAAUGUAGUUACAAGCAAAUGGUUUAGCUCUUGUUGAGUAAACUAUUGAGUGUUUGCCCUUGUUUCAAAUAAGAAGGUUUUUCUUUUUUAAUAUGGUACUUAGUUGUACUUUUUGCUAAGCAAAAUAUUCACUAACCACAAGACUGUAAACAACUGUCUGGGAAGGAAAAGCCUGUGCUACAUUUCUUUACUAUGCAGUUUCGAAAGUAGUUGAACUUACUCAGGGUUGGAGAAAGUACCAAAUAUACAGCAAAAAAAAACCUGAUCAUGCCAUCUACACAAUAAAACCUGCUUUGAAAA